AUGUGGAAGCGCAGAGGCAGAGGGGAGUCAGCAGCCCGCACAGCAGCCGUGGCAAGCCGCCUUCGUCCCCCAGGCUCUCUGAACACGAUGUCUGCACCUCCUGCCAGCAAUGGUGUGUUCGUUGUCAUCCCGCCCAGCAACGCUAGCGGCCUUCGCCCGCCUCCAGCCAUCCUGCCCACCUCCAUGUGUCAGCCUCCUGGGAUCAUGCAGUUCGAAGAGUCACCGCUAGGGGCGCAGGCGCCCAGGGCCACUCAGCCACCUGAUCUUAGACCAAUGGAGACGUUCUUGACAGGAGAACCCAAAGCUUUAGGGACGGUGCAGAUCCUGAUCGGCCUCAUCCACCUUGGCUUUGGCAGCGUCCUGCUUAUGGUUCGACGAGGCCACCUGGGGAUGCUCUUCAUCGAAGGUGGCGUUCCCUUCUGGGGAGGAGCUUGUUUUAUCAUCUCUGGGUCCCUGUCUGUAGCAGCUGAGAGGAACCACACCAGUUGCCUGGUGAGGAGCAGUCUGGGAACCAACAUCCUCAGUGCCAUGGCAGCCUUCGCAGGGACGGCCAUUCUUCUCAUGGACUUUGGUGUCACUAACUGGGAUGUGGGCAGAGGCUACCUUGCCGUGUUGACCAUCUUCACCAUCCUGGAGUUCUUCAUUGCUGUCAUUGCCACUCACUUUGGGUGCCAAGCCACCCGUGCCCAAACUAACGCAUCUGUGAUUUUCCUACCGAAUGCCUUUGGCACGGAUUUCAGCAUCCCCAGCCCAGCAGUCUCUCCGCCGCCUGCCUAUGACAACGUGGCAUAUAUGCCCAAGGAGUCAUCAGAGUAGGAGAUUGCAACUUCUGCAGGUUGGAGUCCAGGCUUCCCACUCUACCCAGCGUCUCUCUACUCUCACCUUGUCUGAUCUGAGGCAGAGGUUCCCCAGCGAGGCUCACCAAGCCACGUGCACUGUGUCACUGAGUGAAGUAUUCCAUCCGUUUCCCAUUUCCUCCAGUAGUGUCUUUCCAAAAAAGACAUAAAGCUGGUGUCCAGGGUAGUGUCCUUAAGCAGCACCACCCCACCCCUGGCCCUGUCACCUGGUAUAGACAUCCUGUUUGCUCCGCUGCAGUCCUCUGCUCAUCAUGGGAAACCUUGGCUUCACAGAGGUUUCACGGGUUUGCCUUCAAGAUCAUUAAGCACAGAGAACUCAGAAUGUUCCAGAAUGGACUGGCAUGUCAGAGGCACAGAGCUCGGGCCCUACCGCACAGCAAGGCCUGACCGCCAGGCUCCCAAGUGGCUCUGUCCUUUGUCAUCUGCUGUUACAUCUUUGGGUUUUCAUUUUCCUGAAACUAAAGUGUUAAACUACAUGACAUAAAACUAAUCCAGAACCUCUU